GCUACAGUUUGUUUCAUCUAGAUGGCGAUAAUAAAAAUAGUGACGUAUUAUUAUUGAUCGAAAUUCUUGUAGUCGGCUAACGCCAUUUUGACUUAAGCUUAAAAGAUUGUAUAGUGGCAAAAGUAAUUAGAAAAUCCGUGUACAUCCGUCCCAAUUUCAGUUUUAAUUUAGUAUUUUCUUGUUAAUCGUUGUUAACCCAUCUGAACGGACCAAGAAAUAGGGUUCGUUCAUUGGGUCUUGUGAAUCUAAAUGGUUGCGUGCAGACAGCAUGUCCACUUUGCCAGGGCAGGCCUCCAAAGGGGAGAAGACAAAGCAGAAAUUUCAAUCUUUGGAUAUAAAUAGUUUAUACAGAGUUAGCAGGGGUGAAAAUUUAGAGAAGACACAACAGAAAAGCUCCUCAACAUACAUCAAACAUGGAAUGCAAUCAUUGGGUAAGGUGCCUAAUGCACGUAGAGCGCCAGCAAACUUGCCGUCUCUGAAAGCAGAACAUAGCGGCUCGGACGCAGCAGUACCGCUGGUGCCAGCCGGAUCACCAGGAUGGGGCAAGCAGGAACAACCGUCGACGGGGGGAUCGCCGCCGCAGAGCUCCUCGGCAGCUGCUCCGUCUCAACAACAGAAUCAGCAACAAAACCAAACGGGACAACAGCCGCAGCCGCAACAACAACAGAAUCAACUCAGCUCUCAUCAGCAGGCGAUAGCUUUGCCAGUGUCUGCGCCAGCACCGCCGCACAUACACAAACCGCUGGGUUCUGCCGGGAGUGCCAGCAGCGCCGCCUCCGGAGGCGGCGACAAACUGUGGAGCAGCGUGAUGGGCGGCCAUCCGGACGGCAGCGGGGGCAGCGGCGGGCAUCCGCCUCUCUACCAGAGCGUCCAGUUCCAGCACGAAUUUCCCAGCUUGGAGGGGGGCGGCGUCCCACCUGCGCGCACUCCGGACGGACAGGCGGCGUACGCGGGGGCGACGCAACCGGGCGGAGGCGGGCUGAGUUUAAGGCCGCAGACGGAGGGAUCUUGGACGCAGGGUGGGCAAAGAGGAGGCUCGCAACACGGUGUCGGUGGUGUUGGCAUAGGCGUCGGCGUCGAAAACGGCCCGGCGGUGGGCGGUGUCGGACCGAGGGGGGUCCAGGGCCCCCUGAGUGUGGGCGGCAGCGGAGGGCCGCCGCAGCUACCUGCUCAGGUGGGCAUGCGGGGCGGACCGGGAGGCGCGAUGCCUGGCGCAGCCGCACCGCCUCCCGUAGAACAACCGUUUCCGCCGCAGAUCAGGGGAGUCAUGCCGCCAUUUAUGUGCAAAGGUAGCAACUUCCAGCAAGGUCCCGUCGGCGCGGCGGGCAUGGGUUCACAAUCGCAACAGCAUAUGCAGCAAGGUGCUCCGUCGUCUCAACAGCAACGUAUGAACGGCGGCAGGCAACAACCGCCGAGAAUGGCGGACGGCAGGGGGGAGCAGGAGGAUUCCGGCAUGCCCUCGGCGCUCCUUUCCAGGCCGAUCAUCAAGGAGGAGGAGCUCAGCAGGAUGGACGAGAUCGGCAGGGAUAUGGGUUGGGCAGAGUCGGGAGAGAUUGAUUACAACCAAAAACUGGCGUUCAGCGACGACGAAGCGGACUCGUCGAAACCGAUGCCAAAACGCGACUCGCUCCGUCGCCAGCAAUCCCUGACGCCCAAGGACCCUCAGCAGCAUCAAGAACCGCCUCAAUCUCAAGGCCAGAGCCAAGGCCCCGCCCCUUCGGACCGCGGCGGCCAAUGGGCGCGCGGCUCGAGAGGCGGACGAUCGUCGGUAGCCGAAGAGGAGGAGCUGCGCGCUCAACAGCGUCGCACUCAGACCGAACGGGAAGUCGAGUUGGCCGUGCAAAGGGCCAAGCAGAGGAAAGAGGAGGAGGAGAAACGGUUCCAGGAGGAGAGGAAGCAGGGCGCGCAGAAGAAACUGAUGGAGCUGGAAGAGAAGAUACAGAAACGAGCCAGCGAUAGCCAGGAAAAGUCGAGUUCGUUGCCCCCGCAAAUGGAUAACGUCGACAUCCCCCUACCCGAUUUCCAAAAGGAGAAGGAACGCGACAAAGACGGCCGAGCAAAGACUCCGAACGAUAUCCGCGAUGAUAAGAACCAAGACGGUUCGUUCAGGCACAUGGCGCAGAUUGAGGGGAAGGGCGGAUUUCCCAGGAAGCACCAGAAAGGGCCGGAAAGGGAAAGAGAGAGGGAGCAGAACGCGUACCCCAGAUCGUUCCAGUACGACUUGCCGCCUAGGUUCAAGAAUCAGAGGAACAAUAGCAGCUCCAACUUGCAGGCGAACGCGCCGUACCACCAGUGGUCUGGCGGUCAAAAUGCGCCCAAAGGUGCAGCACAAGGAAUGCAGAAUAGGAACUCUAGGCAGCACAGUCCCGAUACGGACAAGGAGGUCUACAGCGACGACAGAAGGGAAUACAAACGUCAAAGUUCAGAGGACAGUUACAGAAGCUCUCAUUCGCAUCACUCUCAACAGGAUCUGCAGAAGAUCCCGGAAAGUAAGCGGUACUCUGAUGAACCGCAGGAUUCAGAACCUGCGUUCAAGAGUCAGUACAAUCGGAAGGAGGAGGAUAACAAGUGGCACAAAGACAUGAAAGACGAUUGGGACCGGGACGACAGGAGGAGCGAUAAACGGGAGGACAAGUACGAGAGGGAACGGCCACAUAGGCCUGAUAGUCGCGAUUCUAGGUCUACUCGUCACUCCAGGGACUCCGAUUCCCGCAACGAGUACAACUGGGGGGAAUCCGCCUACGAGCAUGCGUACGAGGAGAAAAAGAAAGACGAUAGGAUCGACAGGCGCCCCGCCGUGCCGGGGCCCAUCACCAAGGAAAGGAUAGAGGCGGACGAUCAGCGCGGAAAUGAGAAGAGGGCCCUUACGCAGCUGAAAAAGGGCGCCAAUCCCGAGAAGGUCGAGAAGAAUGACGAUGCCGAUUCGUGGGCGGAUCUCAUCGAACAGGAAGAGGCUAGGCAAAGCGAGGCUAUUAAGAAACAGCAGCAUGAUCACAGAUCGCAACAAUCGGAGCAGCCCCAGAAGAAAUCCGACGAUUAUUCUUCUAAUAGAAACAGAUCCUACCCGCAAAAGAAAAACUGGAAUAGCGGACCCAGCGACUACCAUCCGCCCAGGUCUCAGUUGUGGUCGAAAGGGGCCAGGAGCGGUAGCAGACACAAGGGUGGCAAAGACUACCAUCCAGGCACCACAGACUCGGACGCGUCGGCUGAAGAGCACGCGAUAGCGGAUCAGAAGAUCGAGGCCAAGAACGAGCCAACGGCUCACAAGAGCCAAAGAAGUCCCAAACCGGUCAAGAAGUUCGACAAGGAUGAUAAGAAUAAGGAGAACAAGCAAGAGAAGAUGACAGGAGAGCAGAAGAAACAGGAUAAGCCUGAGAAGAGGGACAACUAUAUACCUAGGGGCGAACCGUCUCGUCAUGGUCGUGGAGGCGGCGCGUUCCGUUCCGGAGGUGGCGCUGGAGGCCGCAUGGGCGGGCUCGGCAAACGUUUCGAUGGGUACGGUCCUCCGCCAUCGAAGAGCCCGUUCAGCAGCAGCCACCCCCAUGAAGAUACCAAGGAUAAGAAAAGUGCUAAAGAGGAGACGGGCACACAGCAAGCGAGCACCACUGACAAUUCCUCACAGCAACAGCAUGCCAGCUCCACAGCAGCCUCGACCUCCACGACUACAACUACCACCACCAGCAGUUCGGAAGACAAAAUCAAGCAGCAACAACAAGCCCUUGCGGCUGGCAUAAUAGGCAAAAAGGCGGCCGCCGAGUUUGUUGCGAAAGACGAUGAAAAACCGGCUGUCCCCGCGGUGACGAAAAGCGGUAGCGGACGAAGCGACAGGGGUGAUAGAGGUGAUAGGGGCGGUAGGCAGGACAUAAAGAGGGGCGGACCGAAAGGUGGUAAGGGUAGAGACGGAGAUGCUAUACCCGAAGGUGGCUACGAUGAUAGGAAUAGGGAUAAAAACAGACCACAGGGACCAAGGUCGUCUCAUUCUAGAAGCAGAAACGAAGGCGGUAGAAAUAAUCAAACGGCAAGGCUAGGCGGGAACGAGAAGCGAAGUUACGACAGGAACAGGCAGAAUUCCAGCUCUUCGUUGAGGAAAGACGACAAGCACUCUGAGCACAACGCGGCUUCAGAGGGUCACGUGAAAGAUUCCGAGCACGAGGAGAAAGAUGAGAAGACUUCCGUGAAUGGAGAUAGCGAAGGGUUCCAAGAGGUCAAGAGCAAGAAGAAUCUGAAGGAAAGGCAGAAGAGUAUGGACGAGAAGCCCAGUAAAAACGGACAGAAUAAGGAUGUCAAGGAUAAGGAUGUCGGAAAGGAUAAGGAGAGAGAUAAUAGGAGGAACAAAAAUAUGUCUCAGCUAACCGCUCAGCAACAGCAGCAGCUGAUCCAGAACAUCCCGCCCCUGAUGGGCACUCCCGUGAACCCGCCCGCCGGCAUGACGUCAUCACUGUCCCAGCAACCGCCACCCUGCCAAUCGUCCAAGAAUCAGUUCGACGGCAGGCCGAGACCGGCCAAAUUGGCUCCGAGGUUCGCCAAGCAGAAGCUGAAAGCCCAGAUGCAGCAGCACGGAGGCACCGGCUCAGGUGGGGGGAUCAUUGCCGUUGGUGAUAUGGCCGCUGAUAUCAAUAAGGGCCUGAAUGUAUAUGGUAUGAAGGAUUCUGCCUCAUCCCAAGCUAGCGUGUCCGCGUGCGCCUGGGACAAACCAUUAGGCUCGCAGCUAAGGAAUCUAGAUCACGAUAACGUCAUUGGUGUCUCCAUAGAUCACGUUAAGGGAUUGGAUGCGGGCCAGCCAUCUCCCCAGGGUGCUAGCCCUAACAGUGAGAAGCUCCAAGACAAGCCCUUGCUGGAUGGUGCCACACCCCCUGUAAAUACGAUAAUCUUCGAGAACACAAACUUCAAGCAAGCUCCAGGAGCGAGAUCGACUCGCACUGACAGCAAACCUCGCACGGGCCCCGUCGGCGCCUCUACCGGCAGCGGUGGGAAGCUAGAGGAGAGCGCUACGUCUCCAGGGAGCGUCAUCGACGGCUCCGCCAUGAUGGGCGGUUUCAACAAGGCCGGCGUCAUCAACGAACUACUGCAAAACAAGGAUACGAAGUCCGACGGCGGUAUCCAACUACCUUUAUUCAAAGAAGAUUCUGCCGACAUGAAGCUGGACUUUUUCGGCUCCGAUUUGCAGUUUUCAUCCUCGGAUGACAAAGGAAAGAACUUGUGCAUGACGAAAUCUAUACACGCUAUAGCCAGCGGUAACAAUACUGUGGACAGCUUGGAUAUAAAGAUAGCGUCAGUAAAAAAGGUGUGGGAAACCUCGGAGCAGGAGAGUGAGGAGAUGAGUUUUGUGGGUCCUCCGUUGGAUUCUAAUGUGUUCAAUCAGAACAAGGAUGCUUCUGACGAGGCUCACCAUCAUCACGACGCGUACACCUCAUCACCAAACCAAUCUGUCAGCACAACAACUAAUGUGUGCAAGGUGAAACCGACGCAGCAAGUAUCCGGUGGUACCGGUACAGGCGGUACCGGCACCGCUCAAACUGUAUUGGGCGCAGCGUCCGGCGGCCACGGGCAACAGCACAGCGGCGGAGGUGGGGCCAUGGUAGCCCCCGGCCUGAUGGGAAAUCCGUUAUCGCCACCGCCGCCGAUGCCGCAGGUGUUGGGCGCCGCGGCGGCAGCGGCAGCAGCAGCCGGCGUCGGAUUAGGACCGCAACAGUACACGACCAAUCAGCACAUGGGGUAUCAGGCGAGCCUGUCCGGCAGCACCCAAUACGGCAUCCCAGCUAUCCCUUCGCCCCCCACGGUGCCGUUGGUGUACGGCCAAUCGACUCAGCAGCAGCUUCAAGCGGCCGCCGCAGCUGCGCAUCAAACCGCAGCUGCCGGUCUGUACGGCGCUUUCCAAAUAGACCAGAUCGGCCAAGGCCGGUCACAGUUUUCGCAGUACCCGUCUGCGUACCACGCGCACGGGGGUUUAGGACAGACGGCCAGCAGUCCCUAUACUACCCAGUCUGUCUACCUGCAGGCAGGGCCCCCUCACGCACCUCCCCCUCCAACGGCAGCAACGGCUCAAGCGCCACCUCCCGACUUGUAUUCGAACUACCGAUUAUCGGCCGCGUUCGGUCAAGGUGGCCAGUUGAGCAACCCGUCGACGAUGUUGAUCAGCUCUACUACAAACAGCCUCAUGUCGGCGUCGUCGGUGAAACCUGCUGGCGGGCAAACCAUUAGUGCAAUAGAUCAAGUCCCCGGUGAUCUGGACUCCGACCAGUCGAAAUUAACGGCUCUUUGGCAGAAUGCAGCCAUGCAUCGAAACCGGAUGAGCGCCAGGACGUUUUUUAUUCGUCAAGAAACAGUGCUCUGUUUUGGAACCAUUAAACUGUACUCCAAGCAUAACCUCCAGGUCUCUCGUCAAAGAGGAAGUCGCUGCUAGACUUCUUCUGUCCAGCUCAUUGGCAGAGAUCGGUUUGCCGCUCUGAAUUCCUACAUGGAGGUCUUUGAUGUGUAGGAGGAACAGCGUCGGAGCCAAGAUCGAUCCCUGGGGAACACCCGCGUUGAUGUUGUGGGAUGAAGAGGAGAACUCUUCAACUACGACGGAUAUCUUGCGGCCAGGGAAAAAGCCAGCCACUCAUCUGUAAAGCUUCUCUGGAAGUUUGCAUAAGAGGGCAGCAUGCCACAGCUGAUCCAGGGCUUUCGUGAUAUCCAGAGCAACGACAUGAGCCUCACAAAUAAUGGUACGAAGGCGGGCGGCGUCGGCCAAGCCUUCCAGCCCUCCCCCGCACAGCAGUCUGCGGUCAGCCAGCAAUCUCAACAGCAGCAGCAACAACAGCAACAGCAAGUCGCGUACGCGAUGUACGACCCGUCGAUCGCCGCCGCGGCCGCCAAUUAUCUUGCGGCAGGCGGACCGGGGAUGCGGGGCGGACCGCCUUCGGGCAAUCCCAGCUCGGCUGCGGUGCAGAAUAGCGUCGCUGCGGCUGCGGCAGCUGCAGCCGUACAGGGCUUGCAGCCAUCGUCUUCAUACUACUCUGGAUCGACCAGUCAAACUGGUUACUUCCAACAACCCGGCAACUCGUCCAUGCAAUCCACCCAGCAACUUUCGCAGCACCAGGCCGGCUAUGGUCUGCAAGGGAACGUGUUCGGUUCGCACGGCCAGUCGCACACCGGCACCGGAUUGCAGAGCUACAACUCCCAUUUUUUGACGACGCCCAUGCAGGUGGCGGCAGCUUUGAAUGCCCAACAGUUCCGUUCGGGCUUGCCAGCUGCAGCUGCGGCCGCUGCCUACAUGAAAGGCGUUGCUGGACAGCAAAUGGGAGACCAAGCAACCAGAGCUCAACAGCUCAAAAGCCCUGGUAGCCAGGAAGUGCUAUCUUCAGUUUUUAACACUGGACCCCAAAUCCCUUCGCCAAAAUCAAGACAGAACAUGAAGCAGCCCCCUCCCCAAUCGAGCCCCACUGCUCAACAAAAAUACAACCUGUACCAAGCUGUGGGUAAUCAACAAAACCCAAAUAUUCAAAGGUAUCCCCCGCCGAUACAGAGACCGGUAAAUUACCAACAGAUGCAACAAAAUAAUUCCGUGAAUCAGAAGCACAGAAGUGGUAAUCCCGGCGGCUACAAAGCUCCGAACAGGCAAUAUUAUGGCGGACAGAGUAAGUGAUUCACCACAAAUUCAUAUGAGUAUCGAACGACAAGUCAGAGGAUUCAAAGAUGAAUGACUCGUCAGGUCUGAAUAACACAAAUAAUCCCAGUAUUACCAAAUCAGCAAUUUCCGCUGCCAGUGGUACGACAGAAAAGGAUAAAAUUAAGGAAGAAACAUCAGCGUUGAAGGACUAAAAAUUUAUCUUUAGAUUUGUUUACUUUAAGUGCUAAAACAAUGUUUGUAAAUUAUGAAAAUUCACAUGAAUGAUUGUAGUUGUAAAGGAAUUAUUUCGUAACAAUUUGUAUUAAAAUGUAUGAGAUUUUUUUCAAAAGCGAUUAUUUAUUGUCUUAAUUGUGCUGUAAACGUAUAUAGAUACAAAGCAUUUUAGCUUUUCUCGAAGGGUCUCCAAUCUAGAGUCGUAGGUAUUGUAUAUGUUACUUUUCCAUACAUUCUUGUUUCCUUUCUUGAAAAUAUAUUCAAUUUUUUUCUUAAUAAAACGUAAUUGUUGA